AUGGGACCACACGCUGGGCAGUAUAUCAUGCAGGCGCCUUUCAGUGGGAUUCCUGUGGCCAGGGGUGCCAUCCCGUGUAUCCCUAACGUUGCUCUAAACGGCGUUGUCAAUCAAACUGCCGUUGCCUCGACAGCAAGAGCUUGCGCGAUAAGCCAGGGUCAGUCACACGAUGAUGAGGUGCUCCAGGAGAUGCAUCAACUCCUGCACGAGGCCGCUGACCUCUACACUACUCCCUCACACGACACGUUCAGUCACAGUAGCACUAUCGGGCACCUUGAGGGUGGGAACAUCCAUGAGUAUUUGGUGGACCUGAAGGACCUUCCCCCGCGCUCCUCAAACGAGGCGAGUGAGACAGUGAUCGAUAGCCCCCUGACAGACCCACUACCUGACGAAGAGGGGGGCAAAGUUACCUCUGACGAGGAAGAGGUUGUUCCAGCUGUGAGCCAGGGCGUGGUCGAGGCUACCAGCCCCUCACAGCAAUCUUUAUAUGACUUCGGUGAGUGCCCAGCCUGGCUUACAGAUCUGCUUGAGGGUGAUGAUGAGAAAACUGUGUCAAGUGAGGCAACGGAUGAGCUGCCCCUCCCUGAUCCUAAUGCGAUUGAGGAGCUAUUGGCCCUGAUGGACGAAGUCAAAAGUCCCGCCACUGACUCCCUCAUCGCUCCCGCCUGCGAAACAAAUCAUAUAUCGAUUCAAGCAGGAGAGGUAGAUAACACGGCCGCUCACCCUAACAAUACAUACAAGUUCUCUAUCGCUGAUUGCAGCACAUUGGAAGAGCUACUUGCUCCUGCAGACGAGGUCAGCACCGUGGCAGAGCCUGUUGACAGCCAACAAGACUUUAAGGCUGAACCAGACGAGACCCCCCUUCCUGACCCAAGUACCAUGCGGGAGCUACUUGCUCUUGCAGACGGGGUCAGCACCGCGGCAGAGGGUAGUACAGUGCCUGUUGGCAGCCAACAAGUCUCUGAUGCUGCACAGGAGGAUGCUCCACUUCCUGACCCCAGCACCAUGCAGGAGAUAUUGUCUCUUGUCGGGGAGGUGACGAGUGCUGUUGAGAGUGGUGAUUCCUCCAGCAACGCGAGUUGCGUUGAGUAUAUCGAGGAGGUCAUUGAAGAGGGUACUGUUCCUUCUUUCACCACGUCAACCGUCUAUCAAAGCCCAACGGUAACUGCUGAGGUGUGGUUCAGCCCUUACACUUGCACGUAUAUGAACAUGUCUGCUGAACUCGCCUCAGUCUUUUCCAGUUCUGUCGCCCCGUGCCCAUUGAGUAGCACUUCUGUGCCGGAGAUAACUCCAGACGGCACCGCUACUAACCAGAGGAGGGUGAGGGACCCGUUGUCAUGGCGCGACUACGAGUAUGCGCUCCGGCCAAUAUCAACUUUACAACAGCCCCCGAACCCCCCGCAAAGUCGGCGCAUACGCCGCCCAGAAUACCUACCCCAACCUCAUGUCAGCCAAGCACAAUUAUCCCCUGGGGGUACCCCUUAUAUGUAUGGCGGCCCGUACAGAUCAGCCUUAACCUACCCCGUGCUGGUACAACAAAAGCGCUUAGAUCGGAGUCCUUGCCAUGUGACAAUGGGACCACACGCUGGGCAGUAUAUCAUGCAGGCGCCUUUCAGUGGGAUUCCUGUGGCCAGGGGUGCCAUCCCGUGUAUCCCUAACGUUGCUCUAAACGGCGUUGUCAAUCAAACUACCGUUGCCUCGGCAGCAAGAGCUUGCGCGAUAUGCCAGGAUCAGUCACACGAUGAUGAGGUGCUCCAGGAGAUGCAUCAACUCCUGCACGAGGCCGCUGACCUCUACACUACUCCCUCACACGACACGUUCAGUCACAGUAGCACUAUCGGGCACCUUGAGGGUGGGAGCAUCCAUGAGUAUUUGGUGGACCUGAAGGACCUUCCCCCGCGCUCCUCGAACGAGGCGAGUGAGACAGUGAUCGAUAGCCCCCUGAUAGACCCACUACCUAUAGAAGAGGGGGGCAAAGUUACCUCUGACGAGGAAGAGGUUGUUCCAGCUGUGAACCAGGGCGUGGUCGAGGCUACCAGCCCCUCACAGCAAUCUUUAUAUGACUUCGGUGAGUGCCCAGCCUGGCUUACAGAUCUGCUUGAGGGUGAUGAUGAGAAAACUGUGUCAAGUGAGGCAACGGAUGAGCUGCCCCUCCCUGAUCCUCAUGCGAUUGAGGAGCUAUUGGCCCUGAUGGCCGAAGUCAAAAGUCCCGCCACUGACUCCCUCAUCGCUCCCGCCUGCGAAACAAAUCAUAUAUCGAUUCAAGCAGGAGAGGUAGAUAACACGGCCGCUCACCCUAACAAUACAUACAAGUUCUCUAUCGCUGAUUGCAGCACAUUGGAAGAGCUACUUGCUCCUGCAGACGAGGUCAGCACCGUGGCAGAGCCUGUUGACAGUCAACAAGACUUUAAGGCUGAACCAGACGAGACCCCCCUUCCUGACCCAAGUACCAUGCGGGAGCUACUUGCUCUUGCAGACGAGGACAGCACCGCGACAGAGGGAGGCCCCACUUCCUGA